UAAAAAUGUAUAGGCGUUGCAGAGCUAAUGUUUGCGCAUAACAAACAAUACCUGCAUUGUGCAUGGAACAUUGCAUUACUUUUUCAGAUACUGAAGUGGACACAUUUAAUUAUUUUAAUUCAUAUUUAGACAGUAAAAAAUACAAUGUCCUCGACAACAUCUUGCAGAGCUCAUGUUAAAGAGUAUUGCGCAAGUUGUUCCUUCACCGGUGUGCAUUACAUCGCCGAUCACACUAAACAUUGGACCGAAAGAUGCCUCUGGCUGGUGCUAGUAGCGCUAGGCUGGUACGGGUCGGCCGUGCUCAUCAUCGCGGCCUUCGAAGCCUUCGCGUCCAACCCCAUCAGCUUCGGCGUGGAGACCGCCUACCUGCCCUGGAGCACCCGCAUGCCCGCCGUGGCUCUGUGCGAGGAGAACAACCUGCAGAGGGUCUUCGAUGUGGCUGAUGAUAUCUGGACAGUAGACCACCCGGCAGACCUGGACGACGUGUUGCUAGAGAUCGCGUAUUUCCGAGGAACUCUCUUCCGAACCAUCCACUACUGCCUCAAGGGAGGCCUCAACCCGCUCUGUCCAGUUGGCAACUACAGCUCGUAUGCCAACCUCGUGCGAAGCUCCUGUCAGAACAGCCUCAGUAACUGUUCUUACAAUAAUGAGCCGUUCGACUGCUGUGAAUACUUCCAGAGCAUUCACACCGACCUUGGCACCUGCUACAUAUUCAACUCCAUUCAAACGAAGGAGCCGAAAAUUUAUAAUCUCUCAGUACAUAAUAGAACCACAUCUAGGCGUGGAGUUCUGAGAUUUGAUGUAUUGGUUCCUUCAAAGGUGUACACAUUGGGAGACGACGAGCUGCCAACGAUCACUACUUUGAUGACGUCAAUCAUUGAAAUCAAGUUGGGAAACCGAUAUUGGCGCGACCUGGCAGUCCGCAACAUCGAGAACGACCCGCUGCUGUCCGAGACCAGCCCGGCGCAGCGCGCGUGCCGCUUCCACCGCGAGCAGCCCGGCCUGUUCCCGCGCUACUCGUACAGCGCCUGCACCACGCAGUGCCGCCGCCGCGGGCAGACCCGGCGCUGCGGCUGCAACGACCACCUCAUGCCGGGGACUAGUGAGUACUUCCAUCGCGAGCAGCCGGGCCUGUUCCCGCGCUACUCGUACAGCGCCUGCAACACGCAGUGCCGCCGUCGGGGGCAGGCCCGGCGCUGCGGCUGCAACGACCACCUCAUGCCUGGCACUACGGCAGCCGACCACUGUAACCUCACGGGUCUGGCCUGUCUUGCGGCUCACGUGACCGAGCUGACGACGCUGAAGCCGCCGUGGGCCGCGCGCGCCGGCCUCGCCUGCGCCUGUCUGCCCUCCUGCACUGAUACUGAUAUUACUGUCGUCAAGAGCGAUAAGAAAGGCCUGAAAAAAAAGAAAUCAGUUGUUCAAAUCGCGCUGGCCUAUUUACCGACGGAAAGAUUCAAAAGAAAUAUAGUUAGAAGCCGCUUGGAUUUGGUGGUGUCCAUCGGAGGCACGACGGGGCUGUGCGUGGGGGCGAGCAUCCUCAGCUUCGUCGAGCUGGUCUUCUACUUCACAGUUCGCUACAUGAGCAACCUUUUACAUGAGAAGAAGAAACAAAAUCAAUCUAUUAGUUAUUAUUAUUAGCUAGGUACUUCC